AUGCGCCUUCUUAUUCAGAAAAGAAUUGGGGUGAAGGUCAAGUGUAAUGUAUUUGAAGGGGCAAAAGGAGAAGUUGCUUUGACUGCAGCUGGCGGGUUGAGGCAGUUUCCCGGAUUGACUGAAACCUUUGAAAAUGCUGCACUGGUUUGUGUACACUAUGAUGGAAAAUUGUACGAGUUUGUUCCGUGGAAUGGUGUUGUUAACUGGGAAAUGUCUCCAUGGGGUUAUUGGUACAUGACUGCUGAGAAUGCAACUCACUUGGUGGAACUAGAGGCAAGAACAAACGAAGCAGGUACACCUCUGCGUGCUCCGACCUCAGAAGCUGGCUUAGCUACAGCUUGCAGAGAUAGUUGUUACGGUGAACUGAAGUUGCAGAUAUGGGAAAGAAGAUAUGAUGGAAGUAAAGGCAAAGUGGUUAUGGAAGCUAAGAGUUCGAUGGCAGCUGUGGAGAUAGGAGAAGGACCGUGGUUUGCGACAUGGAAAGGAGAUACAAGCAAUACACCUGAUCUACUCAAACAGUCUCUUCAAGUCCCAUUGGAUCUAGAAUCUGUCUUUGUUUGGUCCCUUUCUUUAAGCCACCAGAUGUGUUUUAUUUAA